UUGGCCACUGACAGGACCUGAGGGAAUGGCGUGAAGGUCUGCCGGGAUAGCAGGAAACAUCCUUUGUGUCACAGGGGCCUCUCCAGAUGGCCCAGGAGGCUUUAGCAUCUUGGCGUGUCCUGUGAGGCGCGUUACCUCGUGUCUCCCUGCCAUCAAUGUCUCACUUUAAAAAUCAUGGAGCUGGGAAAGGCAAAGCUUCUGCGAACCGGCCUCAAUGCCUUGUGCCAAGCAAUCCACCCCGUGCACGGGCUCGCCUGGACAGACGGGAAGCAGGUGAUCCUGACCGCGUUACACCUUCACAAUGGGGAGCCCAAAUUCGGUGACUCGAGCGUUUUUGGUCAGUUUGAGCAUGUCCAUGGGCUGUACUGGGGCCCGUGUGCCCCCGAGGCCCCAGCCCUGCUCACGGUGCAGCACAAGAAGCACAUCACCAUUUGGCAACUCUGCUUCAGCGGCGCCGACAGGAGCAACCUCCUGGUGUCUCAGAUCUGCGACAUCAGCGAGCCAUACCCCGUGCUGCCCCAGGGCUGCGUGUGGCACCCCAGCAAGCAGGUCUUAGCCGUGCUGACCACCCGGGACGCCUCCGUCUUACCCUCCGUCCACCUCAACAACUCCAGAAUUAGCGCGGAGAUCAAAGGCAGCGGCCUCGUCCACUGUGCCUGUUGGACCAAGGAAGGAAAUCGCCUGGUCGUGGGGGUGGGCAGUGCCCUUCACUCCUACAUUUGGGAUGAUGAUCAGAAAACACUGAAUGCAUGUUCUUUCUGCCCAAUCUUUGAUGUGGGAGGCUACAUCUGUGCCGUGGAGGCGACGCAGAAUUUCCAGGUUGCCGUUGCCACUGAGCUCCCUCUGGACAAGAUCUGUGGCUUAAAUGCUGGUGUUGCAUUUGAAGUUCCGUCGAGCGUUGAAACCGAGUCCUUCCCCUCUCAGUCCAGCUUGUGCGGGGAGGAG